ACCGUCGUGUUUGUGCUGUUUGGAUUUGGGGAGCCUCUUCGAAUCGUUAAUGGAGGUCCUGACAAGUCGUAUAUGGUCACGUGGACUCCUCUUAUAUUUGCCACCUGUGUUCGCGUUAGUCUCUCUGGUUUAUAUCCUUCAGAAAUACGUACGGGUUCGCUGGUCUCGAGAGAAGGGCAAAGAGGCUUUGCUGCAAGAGGAAGAUGAAGAAUGUGUCCGCUCAGCCGACAGCUUACUAGAGACGGUGCGAAAAUUUGAUGGACCUGCGAUUCUGUUGUUCAGACUGCUGCGGCUUCUGACGGUCCUAGCUCUCUUGUCAAUUGAGGUUUAUGAGCUUAGUACAGGACAUGGAUUCAGAGCUCAAGCGCUCCAAAUCCCGCUUUUUAUUUAUGCGUCCUUACUUUCAAUGUUAUCCAUGGCCACCUCAACCCAGUGGAGGGACACAGCAUCUUUACAGCUUGCUUUCGUCCUCUUCAUGGACUUCUUUGUAUACUUCGUUCUGGAUGUAUGGCCGUGUGCAGAGCUUCGUCCGAAGCCUUUCGAUCCUGCGGACGAGCCUACGACGUGGGUGCGCGUUGCUCUUCUUACUCUUGGUGGUGUCAUUAUUCCUCUCGUGAUGCCACGACCUUUUCGCCCGUCGUCGCCAGAUGACGAGCCUAGUUCGGCAGAGACAGCAAGCCUGUUUUCUCGUUACACGUACUUAUAUCUGGAUCGCGUCGUUUGGUAUGCGUUUCGGGUGCCUGACAUCACUGUGAAGGACAUGCCGGAGAUGCCUGGUCCAGGGAAGAUAGAACAGCUAUCGAAGCGGGCAUUGGCAGCUGUUGAUCCUGUGCAGGUCGGAAAACGACACAUCAUUUGGGGGAUCUUGAACGUGUGGCGGAGUUCAUUCGUAUUAAUGACGGUUUUCCAAUGCCUAUGGUCUCUUGCGAAGUUUUCAACCCCGUACGGCAUGCGGAAUCUUCUUGCCUCUAUGGAGACUGGUAUUCCCUCGCAUGGAUUGCACAUUUGGGUUUGGAUUCUUGUUCUCGUUGUUGGACCUGUCUUAUCUGGAUUCUUGUACAACCAAUGGUUAUUUGAAUCCACGCGUAUUCAAGUAGAGAACGCAAGUGUCUUUACCUACCUAGUCUUCCAUCAUGCACUACGGAUUCGGUUGAAGAGUGACUCACCCGAUUCAGACACCGAAAAAGGCAGUAGUAAGGACAUCCCAGAAACAACCGAAGACAGUACCCAAACGACAGAUACGCCAGCGACAACGGAUGGUGAUUCAUCUACGGAAGAAGCCAGUGACAUAGCUCCAGCAUCGAGCACGACGGCUGCGAGUAACAGCAGCUCACAACAAGAUACGAAGGAGAAGAAUUCUCAAGAAAGGACUGGACAUAUCGUUGGCAAAAUUAAUAAUCUAAUCACAUCAGACCUUAUUGCAGUCGCAGAUUUGCAGUAUUUAACAUUGCUUCCUGGCAUUCUCGUGCAACUCGUCGUUUCCAUUGUCUUCCUAUAUGAUUUGCUUGGCUGGAGCGCGUUCGUGGCCCUGGUCGUGAUGAUUAUAUGCCUCCCCCUCCCUGCCCUCAUUGGAAAGUCGAUGGUAGCUGUCCAGAAACGGAAAAUGCAGGCUACAGACAAGCGCGUGCAAUCUGUAACGGAAGCAAUGGGCGUCAUUAGAAUGAUUAAACUCUUCGGCUGGGAGCCAUAUAUGCUUAAGCAACUAAGUGAUCGUCGUGAUGAAGAACUCACGAGGGUUCGGCGAUUUAAACUGCUGAGUUUGGCUAUGAAUGCCUCAAACGGGUUGCUCCCUCUCCUGUCCAACCUUGCUGCGAUUUCAACAUACACGCUUGUAUCCAAGGGAGAACUCUCUGCGUCUCGCAUAUUUGCAGCACUUUUGAUUUUUAACAUGUUGGAGCAGCAAUUAUGGACGAUCAUGUCCGUCAUACCUGGCCUUCUUAAAUCCAAGGCAUCGUGUGACCGUUAUACUCAUUUCUUAAACUCGACUGAGCUGUUAUGUGAAGGAAAUGCUGUGUACACUAGUACUGGUGAAAGGAUAUCUUCGGAAGAUAUUGAACGCGAACAACCAGGAUCCGAUGUGAUUGGCUUCAAACAGUGCGCAUUCUCUUGGGACACCCCGAAGACGAAGGAAUCCGGAACACCGAGGAAGCAUCAUACUCGGAAGCAUUUCAGCCUUCGCUUUGAUGACGAAGUGACCUUUAAGCCUGGUCAGAUCAACCUCAUUGUUGGACCGACGGCUGCAGGAAAGACAUCGGUUCUUUUGGCACUACUAGGAGAGAUGUAUUGCAAGCCGCAUGGAGUCGGGUCGUGGUACAAACUUCCUCGCGACGGUGGUAUUGCGUACGCACCACAGGAAUCGUGGGUGCUCAAUGCGACAAUCAGGGACAAUAUCUUGUUUGGAGAACCGUACGACGAGGACAGAUACAAGAAAGUAAUUAACCAAUGUGCUCUCGAAAGGGAUCUCGCUUUAUGGGAAGCCGGAGAUCUCACGGAAGUUGGCGAGAAGGGAUUGACACUAAGUGGUGGACAAAAGGCUCGAGUUACUCUUGCACGCGCGGUGUACUCCUCCGCGUCUAUUCUUCUUCUGGACGAUGUCUUGGCGGCCCUAGACGUCCAUACUGCGAAAUGGAUAGUCGAUAAAGCUUUGCAAGGUGAUCUGAUUCAAGGGCGUACAGUGUUGCUUGUAACACACAACAUUUCUCUUGCCGGACCCAUCGCCGGAUAUGUUGUAGUACUUACGCGCCACGGGACGGUCUCAGCUCAGGGAACUGUUUCGGAGGUACUGAAGAAGGACUCGCGGUUGCGGGCUGAAGCUGAGAAGGAACGAGAAGCAGUUGAACAGGAAAUUGAGAGUGAAGUGGACGAAGCCAUAAAAGACAAGGAUGCGGAUGCAGAGGACUCGAAGAAGACUGCAGGGAAACUUGUCGUUGCGGAAGAAAAAGCUAUGGGUCGUGUAGAGUUGGCCGCGAUCAUGCUCUAUGUUUCGAGCAUGGGUGGCGCGUUCGUGUGGAUAGUGAUCAUUGGCUCACUAAUCCUAGCAAUGGUGAUCAUGGUAAUGCAGCAGUGGUUUGUCGGCUAUUGGUCGAACCAAUACGAAACACGUCCUGCUUCAGAAGUGCCGGUGUUUAGAUACCUGCUUAUUUAUGCACUCGCAAACGUUUUGCGAUACGCAGCAGAUUUCGGCUCUCAGUUUCUGUGGCUCUUCAGAUCUCUGAGAGCAUCAAAAAUCAUACAUUCGCAAUUGUUGCAAAGCAUCUUUACGUCUUCGUUCAGGUGGCUCGAUGUUACACCAGUCGGCCGUAUCAUCGCAAGAUGUACACAAGAUAUGAGCUCCAUCGACGAUCAACUCUCUGCAUUUUCGAGAAUGUUUCUUCGUGUUACAUUUAAUAUGAUAUGCUAUUACUUCGCGGCCGUCUACAUGGCUGGUUGGUCUGCUUUCAUAUCCGGUCUUGUGAUUGGAGUCCUUGCUACCUCGCUAGGACGAAUCUAUUUGAAGUGUCAGAUGUGCACCAGGCGGGAAAUGAGUAACGCAAAAGCACCGGUCUUGUCUCAAGUCGGGACAGCUCUGUCGGGCCUACCUUCGAUCCGAGCGUAUGGCGCACAAGAUCUCUUCUACAGCGAGCUUAAGAAGCGCAUUGAUGUGCUUGCACGUUCAUCAUACUGUUUCUAUGAUAUAAAUCGUUGGGUGAGUAUUCGAAUGGACUUCCUUGGUGCCAUUUUUGGGGGAGUCGUAGCGGCAUACCUUGCAUAUGGCAGUAAAAUCCCGGCCGGCUAUGCUGGGUUCACACUGUCCUCCGUGCUGUCAUUUUCCAGCCAAAUAUUAUUCUGGGUUCGUAUCUAUAAUCUUGCUGAGAUCCAAGCCAACAGCUUGGAACGGAUGCUUGAGUUCAUGCGAAUUGAUCAUGAACCAGCUCCAAUUGAAAGUGGAAAGCCACCAGCGUACUGGCCAUCAAGCGGGGAGCUGCGUGUUGAGAAGCUCUUCGCUAGAUACUCUGAUGAUGCGCCGGCGAUAUUGAAAAACAUCUCGUUCAAUGUUAAAUCAGGAGAGCGAGUCGGCAUCGUUGGCCGAACUGGAGCGGGAAAGUCCAGUAUUGCAUUGGCUCUAUUGCGAGCUAUCAAGACAGAAGGAAAAGUCUAUUACGAUGGUCUCGCUACCGAUGAAAUCAACCUGGACUCCUUACGUACAAACAUCACACUUAUUCCUCAGCAGCCCGAGCUCAUUCACGGGACGCUUCGCGAGAACCUUGACCCCUUCGGGCAGCAUGACGAUGCGACUCUGUAUGAUGCAUUGAAUGCCGCAGGUUUCUUCAAUAUCAAGGACUUGGCUUCGCAAAAGCCAUCCAGCGAUCCAGUCAACGACAUGACUGGGGAGCAGUGUGUGGAUGGCUCGGAACCAAGCGCGAAGAUUGGACUUGAUACUAGAGUCGAGAGUGGCGGGACGAAUUUCUCAUUGGGCCAGCGCCAGAUUAUCGCUCUUGCACGAGCCAUUGUCCGAAGGAGCAAGCUAUUGAUUCUUGAUGAAGCCACGGCUGCCAUUGAUUACGAUACAGACACUGCAAUACAAAAUACACUGCGCACGGAGUUCAGUAAGGAUACUACGCUGCUUACUAUUGCACAUCGUCUGCAGACAAUCGUCGAUUAUGACAAAAUUAUGGUGCUGGAUGCAGGCGAGCUCGUUGAAUUCGACAGCCCGAACGCUCUGCUGGAGAAGGAAGAUGGGUACUUCCGCGCACUGGUGGACGAGAGCGAUGACCGUGAUCUCCUUCGCAACCUAGCUGGCCAGCAGUGAUGUCGACCUUCUCAUUAGACGCCGAUUCUACGUCUCAUACGGCAUUCAAUAAAGGGCCUAUUAUUCUUCCACUCAAAUUCAUUCGUAGAGACGUAGCGGUAUAAAGAAAGUUGAAGAAUAAUCUUGACUGGAUGCAAUGAAACCCAGCGUAUUACAAGUAACUCGUGGGGUCUUGUCGGGGUUCUUGAUAUGACAGAGUACUCUCCAUCGCAACCCCGACCGCGCUCCUCAGAACACAUUACUUCACCUGCUUCCGACCGAUAUUCGCGCAUCUGUAUCUCAGCAGAACACGGAUAUCGAGGACUAUUGUCUUUUCAAGCCGUACCGCGAAGCUUCGCCAGUUCCCCGUGUAUCAGCUGAUGAACCUUCAAGCUACUGGCAUUGGCUUGGGUAUACUUGUCGCCUCUUGAUCAAUCUAUGAAUAAACUGUUUGAAGGGAAAGAAGCCCGGUAUUUCGCAUUCGAUGCUUAGUGAUGCUGUUCUGGGCCUAUCAAGGCUUAUCGCGAUACCUCGUUUGAGCUGCUUCCUAGAUGUUUCUCUUCUAUUAUUUACUGCGGAAUCUGUACUCGAAAUACGUUCUCCACUAUAAAUUGGCCAGAGGUUCAGGCGAUGUGGUACGCCACAACUUCAUCAAUCAACCCCAAAAUGCAAGGUGAAAAAGCAUCUGUCGAGGAAUCAAGUGACUCGGAACGUAAAGUGGAAGACCGUCGACUAGAGGUAACGCCACUAGAAGAAUCGUAUGUAUCCUCACAACAGUAGGUCACCAGGCUCAUAGUGUCGCUCUGCUAGACGGCGGGACGACAGCAUCGAUGAAAGCAAACUAUUGCGUCGCAUUGAUGUCGCUCUGAUACCUUGGCUCUUUCUGCUCAACGUGCUCAGCUUCGUUGACAGAGCGAGUAUUGGAAACGCACGGCUGUACAAUAUGGAAGCGGAUCUGCACUUGUCGGAUGCACAGUACCUGAUAUGCCUGUCACUGUUCUUCGUAACGUACAUCAUUUUUGAAGUCAGAGUUUUGAGCUUGUUCAGUCCCACAUGAUACUCGUGACACACUUACGACAUGAAAUUCCAGGUGCCUGCUAACAUGUGCUUGAAGCGAUUGAGACCAUCGAUGUGGUUAUCGUCAGUCAUGCUUCUGUGGGGUGUUGUGAUGACUGCCCAGGGUAUUGUCAAGAACUUCGGAGAAUUGCUUGCUACACGAGUGUUACUCGGUGUUUUCGAGGCUGGUUUCUUUCCCGGUACGAUGUAUUACCUGUCCUGGUGAGCCAUCGCCCAAUGGUCAUAGUAUAACUCUGGAGUGUCUGCUUUCUCCUUGAAGCUGGUACAAACGCAGCGAACUCGGAGUUCGUUAUGCAAUAUUCGCGUCUGGCACUGCGAUCGCUGGCGCGUUUGGUGGCCUUAUAGCCGUGUGUCUUGUAAACUUUAUUCGAAAUACUUUCUCCCGGCUCAUGUGUUCAUGAAGGCAGCGAUCUCUAAUAUAGGGGGCGCUGGUGGAAAACCUGUCUGGUAAAUCAUUUGUCAUAUUCGUCACAAUGCACUGGAAGAGGACACCUUCUAGGGCUUGGAUAUUCAUCAUUGAGGGCCUUGUCACUGUUGUUGCAUCUCUGGCGUCCUUCCUCUUCAUACAAGACUAUCCUACAUCUGCUCGGUUCAUCUCUGAGAAUGAGCGUGCAUACGUUAUUCACCGAUUGCAAGUGGAUAACGAGUUCUCCACCGGUGAACAACUGAGAUGGAGAAGUGUCUUCAAGAGUUUGACGGACUGGAAGACCUGGCUUGGAGCAUGCUGUCUCGCAGGUGCUGGUGGUCCAGUAUAUGCUUUGGCUUUCUUCCUUCCUAGCAUUAUAUCUCAGUUGGGUUUCUCGGCGACUAGAGCAAAUCUACUGUCUGUACCUGUAUACGUCGUAGCCACGGUCUUCUCAUGGGUCGUCGGUUUAUUUGCCGAUCGACUGAGGACACGUGGUCUCUUCGCAGCUGCACUAUUUGGUAUUGCUUCCUUUGGUUGCUUUAUUCUCAUGUUUUCCAGAAGUCCAGCCUUGUCGUAUUUCGCAACAUAUUUGGUUGCUCUUGGAUCUCUACCUUCUAUCGCGAACGAUACGUCAGAAUUAUGAGAUUCUAUGAUGCGUUCGAGACUUCACUUAUAACCAUUCAAAUGUAGUGCCUGGAUUUCGAACAACGUCGAAGACUCUUAUAAGCGUAGCGUCUCCAUUGCAAUAAUUAUUUCGAUGGCAAAUGUAGCAGGACUUGUCAGUGCCAAUACGUACCGCGAACGUGACUUACCACGGUAUACCCUGGGAUAUGCCUUUGCAUCCGGAUGUGCGCUUCUUGGCCUCAUUAGUUCCAUUGCUUUGCACAUUUUGUUGAAGAAAGAGAACGAACGUCGUGACCGUGGGGAGCGUGACGAAGUCAUUGGAGACCGUGGGGGUGGUAAUCCACGUAAUGGGUGUUACGACAGUGUGGAGGCAGCGAAAAGAGAGAAAGGGGACGAAUGGAGUGGUUUCAGGUACAUUAUUUGAGUUGCAGACGACUUAAAGGAACAUUUGAAAACAGUUUUGUUAUGUACGCUACUAAUACAAUGAUGAUAUAG